AUGAACAGCAGUGGCGAUGACCAGCUGCUGAAGAGCAACGACCAAACGCGUCUGAACAUCACCACUUCCCUGGUGCAGGUGCUGGUGUGGCCGUUCAUCUCCAUCAACCUCUUCAUGUACUUCACCUUCCGGGCCAAGCAGAGCCUCCGGGUCGAGGCGCGCUACCUGCUCUUCGCCCAGACGCUCCUGGCCGACUCGGCCCUCUUCCUCAUGACCAACUUCUCUGUGAUCACCAUCAACCAGCACCGGCUGCUGCCCAUCGGCUUCUGCGUCCCCUUCCUCAUCGUCAUGUACACCUUCAACCAGGUGUCGCCCACCGUCAUCGUGGCCAUGUGCCUGGAGCGCUACGUGGCCAUCUGCAUGCCUCUACGGCACGUCAACAUUUUCUCCCCAAACCGGACUCUGAUCGUCAUAGCCUUUGUGUGGUUCAUGAGUUUCAUAAAGCCUUUCAUUGAUUUCCUCAUCCUCCUCUCUGUGGUCUCCCAAGGUUACUUCAAGAGACUCAACUUCUGCUAUUAUGAAAUUAUGCUGCUGGCCAAGUGGCAUAUGAUGAUGAGGGGUAACCUGAACAUAAUGAACUAUCUGGCCAUUUUAGUGGUCUUGCUGUUCUGCUAUGUGUCAAUCUUCCGUGUUGCCCGACGGGCGUCGGGUAAAGAUAAGAAGGCGGCAGCAAAGGGGCAGAGGACACUGCUGCUCCACCUGUUACAGCUGUUCCUGUGCACUUUAGAGAUUAUCUGCCCCUAUGUGGAGGCGAGGGUGAUGGAAGUUGAUGUACAGAUGUAUCUUAUCCUGCGCUAUUUUAACUUUCUGGCGUUUACCAUUCUCUCCCGGGCAAUUAUUCCCUUGAUCUACGGCUUCCGAGAUGAGAAGUUUUAUGCCGCAAUGAAAACCUAUGCCCGGUGUAAGCGGAGUCAUGUUUCACCUCGUAAAUUGAAUUUGACACAACGUGCCAAAUGA